AUGAUUCGUCCUACUGACUUGCAUGCCGAGCAUCACGCUCCCGACUCAAUCGGGAUCGGCGAAAGCCAGCCUCGCCUUUCAUGGCGAUUCGACCAAGGGGAGCCGGACUGGAAGCAGGUGGCCUGUACAUUGGAGAUACGAUGGUCUAAUGGUCAGACGAGCUCAACCAGCACUGAAUCGCCCCAAUCGAGGCUUGUGCGCUGGCCAUUCCGAGCACUUCGCUCUUGUGAAAGAUGCAGUGUGCGCGUGAGAGUUGUUGGCGCGGAAAAGCAAGGACCGUCACCCUGGUCCAAUUGGGUGAUUAUCGAAACAGGCAUCUUGAAUUCGAACGAGUGGAAGUGCUCCUUGAUCGAGCCCGUUGGCGACCUUGUUCCCGAACGGCCGAUUGUAUUCCAUUCGAGCUUUCGAUGCAAGUCGUCAGUAACGUCUGCGCGGCUGUAUGCGUCUGCCCACGGCAUCUACGAUGCGCGCAUCAAUGGAGUUGGAGUCUCCGAUCAAGUCCUGGCCCCUGGAUGGACAAGCUACCGUCACCGUUUGCUUUACCAGACCUACGAUGUUACGGAGCUUGUGAAGACCAGAGAUUCGAAUUUGGUCGAAGUCACCGUUGCAGAGGGCUGGUAUUGUGGCAGGAUUGGUUUCAACGGCGGCCGCAAGAACAUAUACGGCCACUCAGUUGGUCUGGUCGCACAGCUGCUCAUCCACUACAUCGACGGAACAUGCGAAACUUAUGGAACAGAAAGCCAGGGCUGGCAAUGGAGCUAUGGGCCUCAUUGUAGUGCAAGCCUCUACGAUGGUGAAAUCUACGAUGCUCGCAUCACUGUCCCAACCGCAGAUCUCUGGCAGUCUGUCCGAAGCAGUCCAGCUCCCAAAACUCUCACGGCGCCCGAUGGAGCUCCUGUUCGGAGGAUGAAAGAAUUAAAUGUCACAUCAAUCAUCAAGACCCCGUCCGGCAAGACUGUACUUGACUUCGGGCAGAACUUCGCUGGGUGGGUCCGCGUUAGGAUUCACUCCUCCACGCCUUGUGAAAUCGUCCUGCGGCAUGCAGAAGUCUUGGAGAACGAUGAACUUGGAACUCGUCCGCUCCGCCAAGCGCAAGCAACCGACACCUUGAUCAUCCCGGCGCGCAAGUCUAUCCUAUGGGAGCCGAAAUUCACGUUUCACGGGUUUCGUUAUGUUCAAAUCGAUGGCUGGCCUGGAAAUGUCCCAACUAGUGCUGUCACCGGAAUAGCCAUCCAUACUGCUUUGGAGCGGACUGGUGAGUUUAAAUGCUCGAAUGACUUGCUCAACAAAUUGCACCAAAACAUUGUCUGGUCGAUGCGGAGCAAUUUUUUGAGCAUUCCAACAGACUGUCCGCAGCGCGACGAGCGACUGGGCUGGACAGGCGAUAUCAACGUCUUUGCUGAUACUGCCAACUAUCUCUUCGACACGGCCGGGAUGCUCACAUCUUGGUUGAAAGAUGUUGCAGCAGAGCAAACCCAAUCUCAGGGGGUCGUCGCACUGACGGUGCCCAAUGUUAUGCCCGGACUCGACAGUGAGCCGCAUGCAAUUUGGGGAGAUGUUGCGGUUAUGCUACCCUGGGCCAUGUAUACGGCAUUCGGCGACAGAGAACUUCUCGCUCGUCACCAUGACAGCAUGACGGCGUGGAUACAAUGCAUUACACGCCGCUCCAAUGGCCUCUGGGACUACACCUCCGACUGGAAACUUGGUGACUGGCUUGACCCGCAAUCUCCUCCUGAUGACCCGGGUGAUUCGACUACUGACCCUGUUUUGGUAUCAGACGCCUUUCUUGUCCAUGUCCAUCAACUUAUGGGCCAAGUAUGUGAGGCAUUGCGGCUUGACGAUGAAUCCUCGAGGUGGCGGGCAGAAUGUGCGAGGUUACAGCAAGCUUUCCAUGAGGAGUACAUUACUCCUGCUGGGAGACUCGCUGCAGAUACCCAGACAGCGUACGCGCUUGCAUUGUGCUUCUCGCUUCACGAUACCCCUCAACAGGUGGACAAAGCUGCAGAGCGACUGGACUACCUCGUCCGUCGACGUAGUCGCUUUCGAAUUGCCACGGGUUUCGCAGGCACCCCAUACCUUGGCCACGCAAUGACCAAGUGCGGGCUCUCGAACAUAUUCUAUCGGAUGCUCCUCAACCGCGAUUGUCCGUCAUGGCUGUAUCCAGUGACUAUGGGAGCCACGACAAUGUGGGAGCGCUGGGACAGCAUGCUGCCGUCAGGACAAGGGAAUCCGGGUGAGAUGACCAGCUUCAACCACUACGCUCUCGGUUCUGUCGGCUCAUGGAUGCACCGUAACAUAAUCGGUCUUUCUCCUCUCGAGCCUGGCUGGUCGAAGUUUGCAGUCCAGCCCAUCCCCGGCGGCGGUCUGGACUGGGCUGAAGGGUCUUAUCUCAGCGCAUAUGGAACCUGUCGAGUGCGCUGGGAGAUACGCCGUGCAAGGACUUUCUGGAUGCGCGUGGAAAUUCCACCAAACACAACCGCCGAGGUCACCCUGCCAGGUCGAAAUUUAGGGGAGACUCUGGGGAGUGGUUGCCACGAACGCGAAGGCGUCUAUGUGCCUCCCGCCUGGCCUCCUCGGGCUAUCUAUGCGCGAUUCGCAAACCGGGACGACGGGCUGGACGCCAUUUGA